GCCGACAAUUCGGACGUCAUUAAUGAAGAUGAACUUAUGGUGGGCCAAGAAGAGGUUUACAGCGGCUUGAGAAGCCAGGACCUUCAAGAGGCUAAAGAUCAACUCCUGGUUGAUACCUCAGACAUGUUAAAAAUACCACUAUUCACAGCUGAAGCUCUAUUAAGGAACAACGAAUGGUCUCGAGAACUGCUUUUGGAAAAGUGGAUGAAGGAUCCGAUGGAAUGCUGUCGGGACGCCGGGGUGCAAGCGCCAUCUACAAUCCUGCACCAGGGAAACCCUUGGGAUUCUUCUAACUGCACAUCUCCGACAUUCAGUGAAGACAGCAACAAAUCUGAGAGGAUGUGCGAAAUCUGCGUAUCACCCAUAUCAGAAAAAGACAAGACGAUCGCCAUGUCAUGCAAGCACAACUUCUGUAGGUCGUGUUGGGGUAGUUAUUUAACUAUAAAAAUUCAGAGUGGGGACGCUCACCACAUAAUGUGUCCUGCCUACCAAUGUCACAUCCUGGUACCGGUUGAAACGAUCGAAAAACUGGUAAGCCCAGAAAUGGCGAGGAGGUAUCUUCAGUUUGACAUAAAGGCUUUUGUAGAGAGCAACAAAAGUAUUAAAUGGUGUCCGGUUGCUGGUUGCGGAAGAGCUGUUAGACUACCGGAAACGGAACAAAACAGAACAAAGACCGGAAACAAAUCAAUUCCUAUAACUUCACAUGCUGUCGACUGCGGCAAUUCUCACUUUUUCUGUUGGGAAUGCUUAGGGGAGGCUCAUGCGCCUUGUGGCUGUAACCAAUGGCAGGAGUGGCAAAAGAAAAUAGCUGAGAUCAAACCAGAGGAACUGAAAGCUUCCUGUAAUGAGAGCGAAGAUGCAGCCAAUUGUCUCUGGUUGGUCACCAACUCGAAGCCGUGUCCAAACUGCAAGAGCCCCAUUCAGAAAAACGAAGGAUGCAACCACAUGAAAUGUUCAAAGCAUUACCAAUCGAAUAUUAACUACGGAGUGCAGGCUCCUACUAAUAAUCGUCACACGUACAAUAGACACCUGUCUGUGUGCCAGCUGUUGCGAAGGUCCCGAGUAGGUAUGAGUGUUUCUUCAGUUAACGCUUGCGAAAACAAAGCCGACAAUUCGGACGUCAUUAAUGAAGAUGAACUUAUGGUGGGCCAAGAAGAGGUUUACAGCGGCUUGAGAAGCCAGGACCUUCAAGAGGCUAAAGAUCAACUCCUGGUUGAUACCUCAGACAUGUUAAAAAUACCACUAUUCACAGCUGAAGCUCUAUUAAGGAACAACGAAUGGUCUCGAGAACUGCUUUUGGAAAAGUGGAUGAAGGAUCCGAUGGAAUGCUGUCGGGACGCCGGGAACGAAUUGGAAGAGGUAGCAGAGAAGCUGAGUGAAAUGAUUGCCCGACCUUAUUUGCGAACCCCGAAAUCUGUGAUAAUUCAAACGACGGCCUUGGCCCGCAGAAAGCGCCACGAAUUCGUAAGGGCUGUUGCACAAGGUCUUGUCCCACCCGAAACACCUCCAUCGCAACGGAAAGUGAAGAAAGCCAAAUACCACAAUAUAGAUUACUCUCCUGGAACCCCAUGGAAAAAGAACUGCAACUGGACCAGCUUCGGAUCAGAAGAAGACUUGCAAAAUCUAGAGACCAGCAUCCAAGAAAUCGACCUUCAAGCCCCAGAUCACCAAUGCGGAUUAAGAUGCAACAGAUACAACUGUUCAAAAAUCGGUUCAGACUACAACGUGGAACUAGUAAUAGCAUUGGAGAUGUCCAGGCUCCAGAUGAUCGAAGAUAGGCUUAAACAAGCAAAUACGGCAGUCACCCCAGACCCUAGUUCCAGCAUAUCGAACAACAGCAGCGAAAGUAACGAUGACCAACUGAAACUGGCCAUCCAACUUAGUUUACAGGACUCCUCCGGUUCGUUCAACAACCUCUCGGAGGAAGAAACUUCAAAAAGUGGUAGACGGUAUUUCUCCAAGUCCAACGCCGAUAUUACAGUGGACUAUUUUCUAAAGACUCUCGCCAAUCACCAAAUCGACCUAAAAAAUCUCGAAGUUGAUUUUAACAUGCUCCGGAACGAUGCUGAGAAAAUGAAGAACGAAAGAGAAUUUCUCUUCAAGCCAUGCAACAGCGGAAACGAAGACGGUCGCUUCCAAAUCUCGGACAUCCACGAAAACGGUUUCACCUUCGCCGACGACGACGAAGAUUUCGAUGACAACGAUAUCAGACUGAAAAGAUCCCACUCAACAGGCGACCUUUGUAUAAGAAGAUCCGGAAGGAGGACCAGGACGCGAGUCCCAGGGGAUGAAUCCAGGUACCAUUUAGACUCCGACCACAGCAGUCAGCACGACGAAAGACCAGAAGAAAUAGUCCGGAAAACUUUGACACUUCCUUCGAGUUCUUUACGUCAAAACCAGCAUCUUCUACCUCAUCAGGAAGAGAGAUUGUACGAAGGUCAAAGUUCAGUAGAUGACACCACUUCCGAUUCCAUGAACGCUGACAUGGAAGUUUGCGAAAUUAUGGAAAACGUCACCGACGAAGAUUUAGACAAAUCAAUCGACGAAGACGUUUCUUCAUGCGUCGAGAAGGAACACCAACAAGCGAAAAAGACUGAGCGCAUAUCACAAAUCUCCGACAUCAGAUUCCAUAACCCCUUCGCAUCCCUUAAAGCAAAGCUGUGUUCGGCCCACCUUCCAAAAACUUACUGCCUUACUAAACUUGCAGUCAAUAAAAGCAUUGGUUUACUACAGGAAACCGACAACACGACCAAAUCGAAAUCGAAGACCAAAAGCGAAAAACUUGCAUCUGCAAAACACGCUCACGUAACCAUUAGCAAAUCCGAUACCAAUCCCUCCACCUCGACAAAAAAUAACCCCGAAACAGCGGCCAACUACAAAACCAAAUUUUCUAAAUCGACCAGUUUCCUACACGAAACGCACAACGGCUGUGGUAAGAAGAUUUCGUUAAGCAAUCUAAAACUGAAAAUGCCCAAACCAGAAAAGCGCUCUUUAGAAACGGAUAGUUCAAAUGAAUACGAGUCAGAAACCGGUAUACCACGAUCUCCGACCCUUUUCAUCUCGGGUGUUUCAAUUUCCCGCACACCUGAACCAAAAAGCCCAAGAUUAAGCAUGGUAUCGACUAUUCAACAAUCCAGGUCUUCGAGCAUUUCAGCACCCCUGUCAUCCAACACCCUCAACACUUCAAAUAACAGUCUAAACAAUUUCAAUACCGACACUUCUAAUUCCUUCCGUGACGUGUCUCAUAAUGCCACCCCUCCCACCAGCCAACAUUGCAGCCCCAAAACCAAUGCUAAACAUUCUGGUACCGCUAAUAAAGAAAACACGAAAUCGAAAAGUGCUAGUGAACCUGAAAGAGAAAGGGAAGUUUUCAAGUUUCCCAAAUCGUCUACCGACGGGGCGCUCAGUUCGGUCCUGCACGUACAGGAAUCAAAUCUUAGUUCUGACGAUUUUCACGAAGCACUUUUUCUAUUUGAACGAUCGCCCAAGACUAGGGACUCAAGAAGGAAAAAGAGAUCGAAGAAAAAGGAUAAAGAGGAAAGAAGAGAGGAAGCCAGUUCGGCCUUGUGAACCAAAAGACUGUAUUUCUUGAAGUAGCUCGUAGAUUUUGUAAUAAGAUUGCAUAUUGUGAUAUAACUACUUAAUUGGUAUAUUAUUAUUGAUUAUUAUUAAAUAUUAAAAAUCGUGUGUUAUAGAGAACACAUCGUCGUAGGUAUGUGCAAAAGGUAUCGGCAAAUGGGUUGCCUUUGAUACUAUUUAUUUUACUUUUAAAUUCAAAAGUAAAUGAGAAUAAAACAUAAACUUUUCAGGUAAAUGUAUACUUUUAUCCAACAAAAUUUAGAGACUGAACUGACCUGUAACACACUGUACAAUAACUGUUAAUAUUAAUAGUUAAAACUUGAUUAGAUACCCUGACUUGACAUUGGUCAACUUCAAUCUCAC